AGUUAAUACCUUUUUGCUUGUUGAAAGUCGCAUGAUGUAAUAAAUUGUUUUUGAAGUUUGAAUCACUUGACAGGCUGUAUUGAUGUGUAAUAAGUACCUUCUAACAUUCCUUUCCCUUAGGUGGGGUCUUAAUUUUUUUUACAAUUGUCUUUCCUAGUGAUUAUCAUUUACUUAUGCAAACUCUUAUCAAAUGGGCAAGUGGUUGAUUUAAGCUUUUCAAAUCAUAAAUAUAUAUAAAACGGGCACCGCAGAGAAAAACGGCUACACGACACUAGAGUUUGUUGACUUCAAAUUUUCCGCUUUGUCACGAUUAUAUAUAUAUACGUGCAAAUGAGUGUUUGCUUUAUGUUCUGCGCUGUUUAUGCCUAACAAUAAAUGUUGAUCUCCUUGUCGAACAACUUGCCAUAAUUAAAAUUUCGUCUUCCUACCUUUCGGUAAAAAAACAAAACAUCCCGAGUAACUGUAAUCUUGUCACCACUUAGUAUCAAGUUAGUUUCAUUACUGUAUAACUUAUAUGACACCUGUUUAUUUUACCUGCAUAUUUGACCAAGACUAUGUCGAAUUAGUGGUCGCGAACAGUAAUAAUCGUCUUAAAACCUUGUUUUGUCACAGAUUUGUCUUCGAAAGCUUUACAAUGCCGCACAAUUGAACCCUUUUGGAAGAAUAAAUGGUUCUUAAGCCGUGUUACAAAUAAAUUCGGAAAUUUCAUCUUAAUACUUAUCUGGAAUUAUUAAUAGAAUGAGAUGUCCUAUGGAGUCCAUAUUUCUUCUAAAAUAAGGGCGAAAGUACCAAGUUUCAGUAUUUCUAAGCCUUUAAAAACGUUCUAUCCAAAUUUGUAGAUUCUCUUUUUUAUGAUGCGUCAUUAAUUUGUUCGCAAUUUUCUUCCUAGUUAGCGUCCUAAAAUUCCACUAUCCGUAGGGCUGAUUAUCUCAUUACUUACACAAUGCAAUUAUUUCCGGUACCAGUACAUAAUAUAAUUACUCUUCAUUAUAUGUGAUUGAGUGUGUCUAGCUCUGUCACUCAUUUAUCAUCUUACCAAUGCUAGUAAUUUCAAAAUGGAAGACAUCUCUUUGUCACUAAAAAGUGAUACUGUUCAUUCAUGUACUAUGGAGAAAUCAGAUAAUCCAUCGGCAAAAUGUCCUGAUAUUUUGCCCAGUCAGGGUUCUAAAAUAAAUUCAUCUACAAGUCAAAACAAUAAUAAUAACGAUACUUGUCGGAUUGAUAAUGUAACAACUGAACAACGGCCAGUUGAAACAAUCACUGAAGAUUUGGAACCUGCCUUACGACGCAGUAAACGUGGUAAAGGCAGACCUAGCAACACUAAUAAUGCAAACAAUAAUAAUAAUGAUGGAACUUCAGAUGAUCAUGUCCCUUCAUGCAUUAUUUCCGGUACUGAAUAUCACACAGGUGAUUUUGUUUAUUAUGAAGAACCAGAUUUUGAUUAUUAUACAAUUGGUUUAAUUGAAGAAAUUAAAGUAUCUAGACGUGAUAAAUUUUCAAUAUUUAUUAAAUGUUUUUAUCGUACACAUGAUAUACCGGAAAUAUCAAAACAAGGUUUACCUGAUCGUGAUAAUUAUUAUCCAAUUCAAUCAAAUAAUAAUAAUAAAUUAAUUCGUGAUAUAUUUGCUCGUGAAUUAUUUGUCUCUGAAGUUCAAGAAACUUUACCAGCUAAACAACUACGUGGUAUAUGUAAAGUGAAUUAUUUACCCGAUUUGAAAACUGCAUUAUCUACAUUUUCUCCAGAAGAAGAUGAUAGUUUCUUCUAUGUAUUUGCAUAUAAUCCUGAAACUCGUCGUUUGUCAAAAAUUCGUGCAGAAAUACGAGUCGGACAAGCCUAUCAAGCUUCAUUGCCGGAAUUUCGUCAUUCCCCACCAGCUAUGUAUCGUUUUGGACAUAGUCGAGGCAAUUUUCGAUCAAUUAAACGUAGUCGUAAAUCAAAAAUUACAUUGGAAACAUCAUACAAAUCUGAUCAAUAUGUUAAUACACUAAAGUGUUGUUUAAGAAAAUCGCAUUCAUUGUCACCAUAUUAUCGUCGUAAAUACCGGUGUAAAGGAAUGAAGUCAGUUACUACUGUUGACAGUGACAAUAAUAAUAACAGUUUAGUAAAUCAGCUAAUGACCAAUGACACUUUGAAUAUUUCUAAUCCUGACACUGAUUCUCCUACCAUUUCAAUGUUGAAUAGUAAUAAAACAUUAAAACCAUCGUCUGAUGACAACCUUAUUAGUAGUAAUAAUCAUGCCACUUGUGAAAUAGAUACUAUACCAAAUUUGUCAGAAGAUAUAAAAAAUUCUGAAGAGAACAAUAUUGAAAUGGAUGUUCAACAACAAACGGAUAUACAAAAUUCCAUACCACUGUUAAAUUUACCGCCAAAAUUAGAGAAUGCAAAUGAUUUUAAAGAUUCUUUAAAUACUAUAACUACUACUGAUUGUUCUCAUCAUAAAAAGUAUCAUUCAUAUUAUAGAAAACAAUUACGUCAUCAUCGGAAAAAACGACACCGUCGCUUAAGGCGGCGUCAACAACAAUCACAAUCUAAAGAAGUACUUGUAUGGAGUCCUGGUGGUCUGUCCUCUGCUCUGUCUGGUACAUCUAAGAAAUUUGAUGUUUCAAAUACAACUGCUUAUAAUCAUAAUAACAUUCAUCUUAAUGAUAUCAAUGAUAAUUUUACUAAUGUAUCAAAUAAUAUCAGCACUGAUUUCAAUUCCAUGCUUUCUGAUGAACCAUUAAAGAAUUAUUUAGAUGCUGUACGAUCAAUGGUGGCAUUUUUUGGAUUUGGUGGAGCUGAUGAUGAUUUGGCAUCAGCUGAAAAUGGUCUAGUAUUGGCUAAUUUAGCUGCAACUACACAACACGCUUAUGAUACAUUACAUAAGUGUAAUUAUUCGUUAAGAAAUGCCCUACAAGCGAUAUCAUGUAAUCCUAUUGUAGCUAAGGAUACACCUAGGCAUUGGACAACAGAUCAAGUUCGUUUAUUUGCACAUGCUUUACGUAUUCAUGGUAAAGAUUUUUUUAAAAUUCAACGAAAUUUCUUUGGUGGUAAAACAUCUGUUAUUAAUAAUAAUGAUAAUAAUAACAAUAACUCUACCAACAAUAAUGGAAAUAAUGUUGAUGGUGUUGGUCUAUGGAAUUCAAGUCAAGCUGGCAAUGGACGUCUGCGUGGUCGUGGUCGUCGUAAAUUGGGCGGUGCCAACGCAGUUGGUGUAUGUUCAAAUGCAUCAACAUUGAAAUUAUCCAGUUUAAAAUCCGAUGAAAUCGGCAGUACCUCAGUAGCAACAUUGGUACCGAGUAAACUGGAUGAAGUUAAACCAGAAGAUGCUACAUCUGUACCUACCUCUGGGUCAUCACAUGACGGUGGAGAAUCAGUUGAAAACCGUAUUGUUUCAGGAUCAACUACAUUGAAAGGAUCGAAUGGUAAUGAUGAAAGCAGUCUAUCCACAGGUGUUCCUGUCACAAAUGAACCAAUCAAGACUGUUAAAGAAUUAAUAGCUUUCUAUUAUUAUUGGAAGCGCAAAGGUACAUCGUCUUGUUCCUCGUCAUCGUCAGCAUCGAUUAGUGGUGUAGGGGGUAGUGGACAUGGUGGUCUGAGUUCAGUUGCAGCGAAUUUUGCGACUGCAGUAGUUGCAGCCACACUGAACGCUGAUACUACUACCAGUAAUACUGCUGCUGGUGCUAAUAACAAUCAUAUCCCAUCUUCAUUAAGCGGCAAUACAACAACUCCUUUUGAAUCAGCAAAUAAUCCGAAUGGUAGUGCAUUCUCUACUCAAGCUCAUAUUACUUCUGUUAGUGUUAAGAAACGGAAACCAACUAAUCGUGGUUGUGUUCUAAAUAAUUCAAAAUCAACAUCAAAUACUGAAGAUAAAUUAGAGUCGAUUGAUCCAAGUCAUCAUGAAUCAGAAAUUGAAGAUCAUAAUGAUUUAGCGAACAAUGGGCAUGAUGAUGUUGAUAUGCCUGUGACAUCUAGUGAGAAAGCAAACGAAAUUACACCGGUUUCUACAACAUCAAGUGCAGAUUCAUUGUCAACUAGUCGAUCACGUAAACGAGUAUGCAGAAAUUGUGCUGCGGAGUUGCCGUCGACUGGUGAAAGUCCUCCUUCACCCAUGCCUAAUCAUCAUCAAUUGGGACAAUUACGAUUUCUUUGUUCGGAUUGUCGUAUUCAUUUGCAAAAAUACGGUGAAUUAAAGUGUACAUCGAAAGAAGAAGAUGAAGAAGAAGAAGAAGAAAUUAAUAAUCCAUCUGAAACGCUGAAUUCAAUAUCUAAUGAUGGAAAGCUUCAAAAGAAAGAAUCAAAUGAUGGAAAUCUUUUAGAUACCAUUGAAGAAGAUGGAUUAGAAGAUGUUAGAAAUGGGAUAAAAGAUGAAAAUUCUAAUAAAAUCACUGUUAGUUCCAUGUUGGAUGCAAUAAAACCAACAUGUUCAUUAACAACAUCAUCAACAAAUUAUCAUAGAAAACAUAAGAAACAUACAUUAGAUCGAUCGAAGAAACAAUCUCAUUCUGAUAAUUACGACUCAUCAAGUAGCUUGUCAUCAUCAUCUUCAUUAUGUUCACUUAAACUAAACAUGGAUAAAUAUUAUUCUAUUUCAUCGUCAGCUUCAUCAUCACCGAGAUCAUCUCUGUUAGAAAAUGAAGAUGUAGAGGAGGGGGAAGAGGACUCAGACUCUAUUGGAUCUGAUUAUGAAUCUGACAGUUCACCAAGUUGUAGUAGUAUUGGUAGUCCAAUUAAUUGUAAAUCACCUUUAAUACAUCAUGAAUUGAAUGAAAUUAACUCAGAAUGUCCUAGUUAUCGUCAUAUGAAAAGAAAAAAUUCACAUACUGUCAAUCAUCUACGUCUCAAAGGUAAAAAACAUAUAUGCAAUGAUAUAGACUAUAUGUGUAAGCCACCACCUAAAUUGGAAGAUAAUAGAGACUAUGAUUGUAACGAAGAUAAUCAAUGCUUCUCUAUCCAACCAAAGAUUGAUACAAAUGAUUCUCAUUGUUCUGAUACUACUAAAUCUGUUUUACAAUCAUCAGAGAUUCUUUCAACUUCCAAUCUUAUUGAUUCACGUGAUACAAAAGGACAUAUUUCCAAUGUUUUGUAUUCCAAUACUACUAAUAAUAGUAGUAUUGGUAGUAUUAAUAAACUUGAUGAACUAAAGAAAGAUUACACAAUGAAUUUACAUGCACCCAUUGAUAUUAAUAAUAAUAAUAGUGAUACUACUACUAAUAAUAAUGAUCGACAAUCGCUUGCAGAAAUUGAUGAUCAACAACGGAAUAAUGAUCCUGAUGAUGAUGACGAUAAUAGUAUACGUGAAUUAGAAAUUGAUAAGUUAAUCACUGCAACUAACGAAUCAAAUCCACUAUCUUGUUUCAUAGAUGCACAUCGUUCCACCUGGUCACAUCUUGUACGUAUCUGGGAUAGACAAAUACAAUAUUCACAUACAACAACAACUACAACACCUGGAACAACAGAUUAUCAAUCAACUAAAAUUGAAACAAAUCUUGGUUCAUGUGCUCGUACAGAUUUAAUUUAUUGUGGAAGAGGAUUAGAUGAUAUUGCAUCGAAUAAUCAAGAAUUUUGGAAUAUACAAAAAUGUAAUUUAUUUACAAAAUAUGCUGAUACAGCUAUUGGACCUGGUGUUAAUCUUUAUCUUUCAUCAUCAUCUGUAAUAUCAAGUAAUAUGGAUAAUCCGAUAAAUAUAGUCAGUAGUGAAUCAAUAAAUAAGUCGGAAAUAUUGAAUUUAACAUCACCUAAUGCGAACUAUACAAAUAUGUCCUGUAAUCCAUCUCCAAGUAUUCAUGAUUCAUCAUCGACUGCACUUGAUUUAUGUUCACGUAAUAGUUCUAAACGAUCAUUUAUUCCAUCAUCAUGUUCAACAGAACAACCAUGUACAAAAUCUCGUCGAUCAUUUCAAUGUGAUACUAUCAAUAAUCCUUAUCUGCAUUCGAUCUCAUCAAAUAUUCCAAAUGCCAAUACAUCUUGUACUACCGUUUUAAAUAGUAUUAGUAAUACUGUAUCCAACUCACAAAUACUAUCAACAGGAGCUGGAUUGAGACCGACUGUCAACAAUACUUCUACUACUAAUACUAUUAAUAAUAAUAAUAAUAAUAUGUCAAGCCAACAACAACGACAACUUCAAACUAUGUAUGAACAAGCGUUAAUAUUUGCUGCAGCCGCAGCAGGUCAUUAUCAACAUAGUCCUCCUAUUCCUUCUGGUCCAGUACGCGACACAUCUAAAUUUUUCCCAACUAAUUUUGAAUUGAAUAAUCAAAUGAAACAAACACCUGUUGUAUCUUCUCCAAAUCUACGCUUUAUAAGUUCAAAUAGUAGUAAUAAUAAUAAUAAUCCUCUAAUGUCAACUAGAUUGGGUGCUGCAACUGGAACAUUCUAUCCACCAAUUUCUUCCUUGUCAACUUCAACUGGUAUCUCUUCCUCAUUGUCGUCUAGCAAUAAUAAUAAUAACAAUACUUUUGGAAUAAAUAAACCAUCAAUUAGUGGCGCUCCAUUUAACUUCAAUCUAACUGAUUCUCAAUACCAGUCAUUAAAUCUUCAAACGGCACAGAUGACCAUGUCCGCUAAUAAUGUCGGUUCCAUGUCUAAUCUUCACGGAUCGAAUUUUAACCCUACUACUGGUAGUAGUAUUAGUAGUUGUUACAAUGGCUUGGGAUCUUCACCAUCAAACUCAUCAGUGCCAGGGAAUCAACUUUAUAACCAUCCAGAGUUUUUACAACGGCAGCUAGCUUUGAUGGGAUUACUUCCACCUGGUUCAAUAACUCCUGAAAAUCUAAUGCCUAUUACAUCCAUAGAACAACGUGAAAUUGAGACAUUACAACGAUUAAUGACAGAAAGACUUGAAUAUUUAAGAAAUACUACAAAUAAUAAUCAACAGCAACAACAACAACAACGUACUAUAACUCCAGUUGAACAAAUUUAUCAACAACAACAGCAGCAACAACAACAACAAGAACUUUUUGCUGCUGCAUUUUCAGCUGAGAUGGCUUCAAGACUUGAAAGUAUAUCAUCUAAUAAUUAUUCAAAUCAAGAUAUUCAAUUCCCUUUAUCAUAUAAUUUAUCACAUUGUGAAACUACUAAUGGUGCAAUGACAUCUGCUGUGAAUAGUAUAUCAACUCGACCUACAGCUUCUAUUCAAUUACCACAAAAUACACGUUUUUCACAAUCCAUUCAAUGUAAUACUCCUUUAUUAACUAAUCGUUUCCCUAUAAAUCCAUCAGAUAUUCAUAAUAUUAAUAAAACACCACCAAUAGCACAUCAUAAUUCUUCAUAUUCUACAUCUCGUGAUAAUUCUACAAAUUUAAAUGUGAAUAUACCACCUAUGUCAUUAAAUAUGAUGGGACCUACACGUGCUCAACCAAAUAUACCAUUUAGUACACCUAAUUCUCAUGGAACAAAUCGAUCAACAGCUCGUAAUUCGAAUACUCAAUCAUUGUCAUCAUCAUCUUCUUCUUCUAAUUUACAAGAACAAGUAUUCAAUGCUGCUAAACUGGCUAUGAUAGCUGCUAAUAUGCAGUCGGAUCCAAAUAAAGCAUUAACAUUUGCAAGUUUAGCUGCUGCAGCUUUCACUGAAAUGGCAUCAUCAUCAUCAUCGCCACAAGAUAAAAAGUUAUCAUCACGUAGUAAUGAUCAUUCAUCAACAUCUCAUCAUCAAUUAUCUGGAAUUCAAGAGAAUUUAUCACAAAGAAAUAUGAAUAUUCCAACAUCCAAUAUGAGGUUACGUUCUCCAGUUGGCAAUAGUAGUGGACAAUACAAUUCAGAUUGUAAUAACAACAUUCCUAAUCCUGGUGUUGUAUUGUCCAAUUUUAUGCAACAAAAUACACAUAAAGAAAGACGUCGCCAGAAUAGUCAUUUAUCUUCAAGUAAUAUUGCAUCUCAUUCACCUGGUGUAGUAUCUCAAUCAUCAAAUCGUUUACAGUCUCCUCCUGUACAUUAUUCACAUUCAGAAUCCCGAUCAUUUAGUAACGAUAAUAAUAAUAACAAUAAUAAUCGUACACCAACUCCUGCAGCUAAUCGUAUACAUCAAUCUUUGUCUGGUAAUAAUGAUUCUUCAUUUGUCGUUGGUUCAACAGUACCCGGAGGUGGUGGUGGGAUACCUCCGGCACAGUUAGCACAAUUAGCUCAUCUUGCUCAAAUGUCUGGGCUUCCGCCUGGUUUCUCAUUUCAGGAUCCAGCAGUGUUGAAUGCUUUUGCUUUGGCUGCAGCAGCAACCUCUUUGGUGGCUACUGGUGGUGGUGCUAAUCAACCAGAUCUGCUUACAGAUACAAAUAUGUCAGCGAAUCUAGUCGAUCGAUAUCGGUCACCAGUUCCGUCAUACACAUCUCCACAACCGCAUCAACAACGUUAUCCUCCUAAUAAUUCACAAUCGCAACAACAACAGCAACAGAAAGCGGCAGCUGCCGCGGCAGCAGCAGCAGCGGCAAUGGCCAAUGCUUUUGGUUUACAAAACUUACCAGCUCAAUUUAAUACACGCCUAUCAUCAUCAUCAUCAUCACAACCACCUUAAUUAAGACAACAGUGUUCUUACUAAAAAGAGAAGAUUAAAAUAAACUAAUUGACUGAAUUACCACGCUUAUUUGAUCAGGUAAUGAAAAUUUCCCAUUUAACAUUUCUCCUAUGUAUUACUUGUAAAUACAGCUUGAUCUUUCCCCCCCCCUUUUCCUCUUCUUCUAUCUGUAUUCAUCAUUUUUGUUUCGUUAUAAAAAUUUCUAAUGAAUCUAUAUGUUUGCGUGUGUGUGUGUGCGUAUGUAGUGCACGGAAUGAAACCAAUGUGCCUACACGUAUAUACUCUUGUAUGUCAAUGGUUGAAUGAUAAAUCCGACACACACACAGAGAUAAAAAGGUAAAGGGAAUGAAACAAAAUGGCACAAUUCAUGAAUAUAUCUGCUCAUAUAUAUAUAUAUAUAUAUUCACCGUAAUCUUAAAAAAAAACGAUUGUUUAUUUUUCUGGUUUCUAUUGUAUGCUUUAAUAAGAACCAACCACAUUAUCAUUAUUAUGAUUUAUACUACUGAAAACUAAACAUCAUUCUACAUUGAUCUUUUUUGAUAUUAUACUGAAUAAUAACCCAACUUACUCAUUUAUUCAUUCAUUGUAUGUAAUCAUUCUUGUUCUUUUGUCUUCUGUAUGUGUGUGUUUCUUAUUCUUGUCAUUGAAGAUGAUUACUUUGUAAGGUAUGUUUGCCCUUUUUUUUUAUCCCAGACCCUUUUAUGCGGAUAUAUACUAUAUAUAUUGAUAUUCUCAUAUGAUGUGAACGAUUUACUUAAUAAUAAUGAUAAUAUAAACAAUAUGUAGUGUUC